GUCUGGUCAGAGGACACAGCAGAGACAACAGUUUCAAAUUCAUGGCCCGAACCAAGCAGACUGCGCGCAAGUCGACGGGUGGCAAGGCGCCACGCAAGCAGCUGGCCACUAAGGUGGCUCGCAAGAGCGCACCCGCCACUGGCGGCGUGAAGAAGCCGCACCGCUACCGACCUGGCACGGUGGCGCUUCGCGAGAUCCACCGCUACCAGAAGUCCACUGAGCUGCUAAUCCGCAAGCUGCCCUUCCAGCGGCUGGUGCGGGAGAUCGCUCAGGACUUUAAGACCGACCUGCGCUUCCAGAGCUCGGCUGUGAUGGUGCUGCAGGAGGCGUGCGAGUCUUACCUGGUUGGGCUGUUCGAGGACACCAACCUGUGUGCCAUCCACGCCAAACGGGUCACCAUCAUGCCCAAGGACAUCCAGCUGGCACGCCGUAUCCGUGGGGAGCAGGCCUAGGAGGGCCAUCUCGCCACCUGAGAGGUUGCGCAACGUUCACCCCAAAGGCUCUUUUAAGAGCCACCCACCUGGUCGGAAGAGUUGCUGUAGCAAGCCAGGCUCUUGGGUUUUG